UGUCAUUGUUGGAAUUAUAAUUGUCUCCCUCACGAGCUGGACGAUGGCUACCUUUGGUAUGCGUAUUUUCCAGCUGUAUGAAAGAGUUGCCUGGUUACCGCAGCUGCUGACCUUUUGUGUGUUGAUUGGAUCGGCUGCUUCUCGGUUUGAUUUUGAUGCUGUGUCGGUAGGGUCCCCGGAGCGAGUCAAUGCCAAACAUCUGUCAUUUUUCUCGCUCUGUUUGUCAAUCCCAGUGGCAUGGAUUCCCCUUUCAGCAGACUACUAUGUCUAUUACCAGCCGACCACCAAGCGUAGCCUGACGUGGUCGAUGACCUCGAUCGGGGCGUACCUAGGCAUGGCCAUCACAGUUCUCAUGGGCGUUGGCCUUGGAACAGGAGUGACGCACACUUCAGAGUGGAAAGCGAUAUAUGACGGCACGCCGGGAAGUCUGCUGAUGGCAGGAUAUGACAGUGUUGGAGUACUUGGCAAAAUUUGUGCUGUGAUUAACGUACUUGGGGUAGUUGCCUGCAAUGCUCCUGGAUCGUAUUCGAUGGCCAUGAACUUUCAGAUGCUGGGUGAUUAUUGGUUGAAAAUCCCCCGUCCAUUCUUUACUAUUCUCACCACUGUCAUUUAUGCGGCUUGCGCGAUUGGAGGUCGUGAUUCUUUGUAUGAAAUUUUUCAGAAUUUUCUGCCACUCAUUGGUUAUUGGAUUAUCAUCUGGUUCACAAUUGUUGCUGAAGAGGAUAUCCUGUUCAACCGCAACAAAAGUUAUGACUGGUCUAUAUGGAACAAUUGGAGGAAGCUACCCCUUGGAGUGGCCGCUGGCAUAUCGUUUCUGGUCGGUUGGGCUGGAGCCAUUGUCGGAAUGGACCAAGUAUAUUAUACCGGCCCCAUUGCACUCACUAUUGCCGGCGGAGCUGACCUGGGACUAUGGCUGGGUGCAGGAUUCACAGCUCUUGCUUUCCCGCCUUUGAGGAUGUUAGAACUCUGGAUGGUUGGCCGCUAAGCCCGUCAAUUAAGGAAGGCCAUCGAAGAUCGUCAGUCUUGGACAAAGUAAACCGUACUGCGAUGUCCGGGAUGAACAAGAGGCAGUAAGGAGGAAUUUGGCUGAUCGGACGAUGAGAUAACGGCCGUGAUGAUAUAGAGCGCACAUCGUACAUAGCACUUGUUGCAGGUUGAUCUGAACGCCAGUGUUUGUAAAGCAGUGAAUGAGAUUGUACCCAUGUGGUUGAGAGACCUUUAGUAAA